CUUUACCUUCUAAUGGUUAGAAGCUGAUAGACUCAUCCGUGGGAUGAUGUUCGAUUUAUUGUGUCAAGUGUCGUCUUAAAAAGGGGCAGAUAAAUAUGCCAAUAGGGCUUCGAAAUUCGUCUUGUCCCGCUUCUAGGAUAGGACUAAGCCAUAAGUUACGAUGUGGUCUUUUAAGGUCCUAAUAUUAUUUUCUGUAUACGGCGUUAACGCCAAACAGAAUUGCCCUUUAUAUGGCCUGGGAUAUCCUAAGCCUACAAACCUCCUUAUACAACCAGGAAUUCAGAAGGCGGCGGCAGCUUUGGAUUCGGUCUUUUCACAGUAUAUCGACCAUGCAAAUAAUACCGGAUCCGAGAGAUUUUCAUAUUCAGUUGAAGUAUUUUCCACUGACGACGAAGUGCCUCUAUGGUCACAUUACUGGACUGCACCUAAUUUGAAAACUCUCAACUCGACGGGCGUAGCUGAAGUUGACGGCGAUACCGUAUAUAGACUUGGAAGUGUAACAAAAAUAUUCACCAUAUUGACAUUUCUUGCAGAGGUUGGUGAUACGAUAUGGAAUGAACCUAUCACCAACUAUAUUCCCGAGAUUGAAGCGAUGGUUGUCGGCGGCGUCGACACCUCACAUUCGAUUUCGACAGCCGAUUGGGGUUCCAUCACGAUCGGUUCGCUGGCAAGCCAAAUGUCUGGCCUUGUCAGGGAUUACGCUUUAUUGGGCGAGCUCACCCAAGGAUCAACUACAGCACGAGCUGCUAAAAUCGGGUUUCCUAUCAUAGAAAGUGCAGAUAUACCCCCUUGCGGAAAUAGACCGGUCUGUAAUAGAACUCAAUUCUUCACUGGCCUCAGCAAAUUGCCACCGUCAUUUUCGCCGUACGUCACGCCGGCUUACUCAGAUAUUGGUUAUACUCUCCUUGGGUAUGCCCUCGAGCAGAUAACAGGGAAAUCAUUUCGCCAAAUGGUCGAAGACAGGGUUAUUAGGCCUCUUGGGCUUAAUCACACAUUUUAUUCGACGCCACGAGACGCCCUGGGGAUUAUACCCGGUGGCCGCUACAAAACGAAUUGGGCUUUCGACAUGGGUAAUGAAUCGCCAACCGGUAAUAUGUAUACAUCUACUUCGGAUUUAUCCCGAGUUGGUCGAGCGAUCUUGAGGUCCACUCUUAUACCUCCAGCGAUGACUAGAAGAUGGCUCAAGCCCGUGACCUUCAGCUCAGAUCCGAAGUCAGGGGUUGGAAUGCCGUGGGGAGUGCGUCAACUUCCGUUCGACGGAGGUACGUCAAAUGGUUCGCCCUACCAAUUCGCAACCACUUUCAAUAAAGCCGGGAGUUUAGGAAAGUAUAAUACAUUGAUGGCUAUCAUUCCCGACUUCGAUAUCGGCUUUUCUAUUAUGGCUGCCGGAGACGCCCCCUCUAGCUUAAUGAUGAGCGUAGCGGAUACGUUGUCGAAUACGUACCUUCCAACUAUGAUGAACACUGCGCGUAUCCAAGCCAACCAGAUCUACGGAGGCACAUAUAAAAACCCGAACUCUGCGGUGAACUCAUCUUUAAGUAUAAUUGUGGACACCCAGGCUCCUGGUUUAGGCCUCAGUUCGUGGAUAAGCAACGGCACGAAUUUAUUGUGGUAUUCAGUUGCUCUCAGCCAAAAUGUAUCGAAGGAUUACUGGGAGAAGAUUCGACCAAGUGUACGGCUCUACCCUACUGGUUUAUGGGAUGCGACUUCCGAUGGCGGGAAGAGAGUCGCAUUCAAAGCUGUAUUUGAGGAUCUGAGCUUACCCAACAAUUCAAAGCCGUUCACUACGGAUUGCUCGACCUGGGUUAGUGUGGCAGGUAUUAUGUAUGGCUCUAAGCCAUUGGACCAGUUCAUUUUCAACUUCAACGCCGCCGGAAAUGUGACGAGUGUGGAGAAUUCUGCAUUGAGGAACAGACUAGAGAAGGAAAUGUGAUACCAAGAUGUUUACUUGGGUACCUGGGUACCAAAUACCUACACUAGUUAGGUUAGUCAGCAGAGCACCCCCCCCUUUAAUUCUUUAACACUUGGUAAAGAACCAAUCAGAAUUCGAGCAGGGGUUAGCACAUACCCUUUAAGGAAACUAUUGAUGGAUUGUGGUACUAGAAUAUGUUUAUACUAUGUGAAAUUUGUAUACUCUUGAAUCGUUUAAUAAGGUAAUAUUUUCAUUUCAUCUUAAUGUGUUAAUAAUUUGCAAGAAAAAAUUAAGGUCCUU